AACAAAAAAAAUGGCCGCCACUAGAAAUUAUGCUACUCUAAACUAUCGACUUUUUGUUAUACUUUUAAUUUUAAAACGCCGAAAAAGGAUAAAAAAAAGAAAACAUCAGUUUUGGGUGAGAGAAAUAUUUAAAAAACGUGUUCAGCAAGGUGCAUUUAGUUCUUUGGUGAAAGAAAUGAAGCUAUUUGAUAGAGAAUUUUUUUAUCGAUAUUUAAGAAUGUCUCCUGACAGACUUGAACAUCUUUUGUCAUUAAUUGGAUCUUCAUUAACGAAAAAGUAUUGUCCCAGUAGAGAUUCUAUAUGUCCGUCGCAAAGAUUAAUUAUAACAAUUCGAUACCUUGCUACAGGAGAAUCACAACAAACUCAGUCAUUUUAUUUUUGAGUUGGCAGAGCUACAGUUUGCCAUAUAAUUGAAGAAACUUGAGCUAUAGAUGGAAAGCAUGUACGCAUUGAAGCACCUGCAAAAUCUGGAUCUUCUUUUUAUAACUACAAAGGGUUUAACAGCAUGGUUUUAUUAGCAAUUUGUGAUGCUAAAUAUUGUUUCACAAUGGUUGACAUUCGGGCUUACGGAAGGGAUAAUGAUGCUGCCAUUUUAAAUGCGAGCACGUUUGGGAGAACAUUUAAUAAGGGUUAUUUUAAUUUACUAAAAAUUUCUGAAUUUGAUCCUAAAGUUCCAUCGGUCCUUGUUGGAGAUGACAUAUUUGCACUUAAACCAUGGUUAAUGAAACCGUACCCAGGUAAAAAUCUUACUGUUCAGCAAAGAGUUUUUAAUUAUCGCUUAUCUAGAGCACGUAAAACAAUCGAAAAUAGUUUUGGAAUUUUAGCAGCUAGAUGGAGAAUAUACAGAUCUCCAAUUAAAGCAAAGCCAUUGAAAGUGGAACAUAUAAUAAAGGCUACUGUUUGUCUUCACAACUAUUUGCGUUUAACAGAUGGAGCGCAUUAUAUUCCUACUGGUUUUGUUGAUAGUGAAAGUCAUUCAGGAAUUGUUAUUCAAGGAGAUUGGAGAAAAGAAUUACAAGAAAAAGGGUGUUUGCUUGAUUUCUCAAAAUCAACAAGUAAUAGAUCUGUUUUUGAUGCAAUUGCAAUAAGAAAUACUUAUAAAGAUUAUUUUAAUUCAUGUGAAGGAAGCCUUUCGUGGCAAAUGGACUAUUUUCAAUCGUGUGGCCACAAUCCAGUUAAUAACUAGAAUGUAUGUAAUAAACAAAACUUCCUAAUAAAAGAAAAUAUGUUAUAUUUAACAAACCAAUAA